AUGAUCCCAAUUGAACCAAGACCGACUUUGGCCGGACGAAAUGCCGUGGUGACUGGAGGUGCAUCGGGCAUCGGAGAAGCAUGCGCAAGAAAGUUGUUCUCAUUGGGAUGCACUGUAGUCAUUUCGGAUGUCAAUGUUGAAAGAGGGCACGCUGUUGUGCAAGAACUUAUGGGUAGCACUGAAGAAGGAAGCUCAAGUAAAGCCAUUUUCAUAGAGACGGAUAUGUCACAAGGAGAAGAAACCAAGCAAUUCGCGCAGACGGUCUUGAAGACGUUAGGCACUGUCCAUAUUUUGGUCAAUUGCGCAGGUAUUCAGACUGUAUCACCAAUCGAAAGCUUCCCUGAAGAGAGAUUCAGGCUUAUGAAUGAGCUUAUGCUGGUGGCUCCAUUUUUGCUCACUCAAGCUUUCUUGCCAUCCAUGUACGAAGCCAAGUGGGGUCGCAUUGUCAACAUAGGCUCCAUCCAUUCCCUUGUUGCUUCUCCUGCAAAGGUUGCAUAUGUCAUGUUCAAACAUGCUCUUGUCGGUCUGACUAAAUCAACGGCAGUCGAAGGCGGUCCACAUGGCGUUACGGCAAACUGUAUCUGCCCAUCCUACGUAAGAACACCGUUGGUUGAAAAGCAAAUUGCUGAUCAAGCCAUCAUUCGAGGCAUACCAGAAAGCGAAGUCAUCGAGAAGGUCAUGCUGCCUUCCAACUGUGUUAUUCGUCGACUCCUAGAGCCAAACGAAGUAGCGGAGCUUUGCGCCUUUCUUUGCUCGGAUGCUGCUCAGUGUAUUACCGGUAGUGAACAGAAGAUCGAUUGUGGUUGGACAUCCCAGUGA